UCUUUCUUAUAUAGAUAUCAUCAUGCCAUUAUCUGAAUUAGAGCAAUGAAGUAGUAGAAGUCAAAUUUCAUUUGAGAGCAAUAUAGAAGAGAUUGAAAGGAAGAGGAAGAGAAAUAGAAUAAAAAACAAAACCAAGAGAAAGGUUACUCAUUGCUAAAUUCACUGGAAAACAGGGUUGGAACAUUAAUUAAUUAAUCUUGUGAAAAUGGAGGGUGAAAAAGUUGUGACAAUGAAACAGUACUCAAAUGAGGAAGUAGAUGAUGAUGGAAGAAUAAAGAGAACUGGGAAUGUGUUGACCGCAACAACACACGUUAUAACAGUGGUAGUGGGUGCAGGAGUGUUGGCUCUAGCAUGGGCAAUUGCUCAACUUGGAUGGAUAGCCGGCAUUGCCGUUAUGAUCAUGUUUUCAUCUAUUUCCAUUUACACUUACAAUCUUAUAGCCGAUUGUUAUCGAUAUCCCGAUCCAGUUAACGGCAAAAGAAACUACACUUACAUGCAAGCUGUGCAUGCAUACCUAGGUGGAAAAAUGUACCUGCUUUGUGGAUUCAUCCAGUAUGGGAAACUUGCUGGUCUUACAGUGGGAUAUACUAUAACUUCCUCUAUAAGCAUGGUUGCUAUAAAGAAAUUAAUUUGCUUCCACAAAAAUGGACAUGGAGCUUAUUGCAAGUUUUCGAAUAAUCCUUAUAUAAUUGGUUUUGGGAUCGUUCAGAUUUUACUGUCUCAAAUCCCAAACUUUCAUAAGUUAACAUUGUUAUCAACGGUUGCUGCUAUUACCUCUUUUGGCUAUGCAUUCAUCGGAAGCGGACUCUCUCUGGCCGUUGUGAUCUCAGGGAACGGAGAACCAACAAGCUGGUUUGGUGUGAAAGUAGGAUCAGAAUUAUCAAGAGAAGACAAAGUUUGGAAGAUUUUAACUGCUUUGGGAAACAUUGCACUUGCAUGCACUUAUUCUACCGUUGUUUAUGAUAUAAUGGACACGUUAAAGUCAUAUCCAUCCGAAAGCAAGCAAAUGAAAAAGGCAAAUGUGAUUGGGAUCAUAACAAUGACAGUACUUUUCCUCUCAUGUGCUUCACUUGGAUAUGCUGCAUUUGGUGAUCACACCCCAGGGAACAUCCUCACCGGCUUCGGAUUUUACGAGCCCUUCUGGUUGGUUGCGUUAGGGAAUGUUUGCAUUAUAAUUCACAUGGUGGGAGCAUUUCAGGUGUUAGCUCAACCAUUAUUUCGUAUAAUUGAAAUGGGUGUUAAUAUGAAGUGGUCACGCUCAACUUUUAUAACUAAGGAGUACCCUAAUAGAAUUGGUUCCUUAACUUUCAACAUCAACUUGUUUAGGUUAACUUGGAGGACAAUAUAUGUGGUAAUGAUCACAGUAAUGGCCAUGGCAAUGCCAUUUUUCAAUGAGUUUCUUUCUUUGCUUGGAGCAUUUGGAUUUUGGCCACUCGUCAUCUUCUUUCCAAUACAAAUGCACAUUUCUCAGAAACAGAUUAACAAAUUUUCAUUGAAGUGGUGUGUGCUCCAAUUUUUGAGUUUUGUGUGUUUUAUGAUUUCAGCAAGUGCUGGAAUUGGUGCCAUUCAUGGAAUUAGUAAGAAUAUCAAAAAAUACAAACUCUUCAGAUUCUGAAACAAAAUAUGACUAAGAUGUAAGUAAGCAAAUGAUAGCAGUGAAAUAUAGUUCAGAGGCAGGUAAAGUAAAAACAUAAGAGACAGAAGCAGUUAUCCUGAUUCUUCUCACAAUCUGAGAGUAGUCCAGUUCUCUUGCACUUUCAAGGGAUUUCCACUAUAAUCAAAUUUGAUUACAAAUGCUCAAGCACACAAGAAAGAGACUUCAUUGGCUUAUACACACAAGUAUAAGACUUCUUUGCUCAUACACACAAGUUUGAGAGUUUCUUGCUCAAACCCACAAGCUCAAGACUUCAUUGCUUUAUCACACAAGUCUGAGACUUCCUUGCUUAAGCCCACAAGCUAAAGACUUCCUUGCUUUAGCACACAAGCUAAAGACUUCGUUUGCUCAAGUCCACAAGCUCAAGACUUCAAAUGCUCAAGCACACAAGUAAGAGACUUCUGACUCUAUAAGAAAAUGUUAAGAGAUUUGGUAACAAUUACACUUUAUAUACAAUCAGAGGUGUAGACAGAAUAUAAUUUAAAAAGACUCUAAGACUUAAUAACUUUUAAUAUAUACACAAUUUUAAGAUGUUCUAAUUCUAAUAAAUUUGACAGAGUAAUUUCUCUUUGAAUGUCAAUGUUCAGAGUCUUGUGAUAUGGUGUAUUGCAGUGUGUUAGUUUUCUUCUUCAAGUCUGCAGCUCCUUAUAUAGAGAAGAGAGAAAAAAGACGUUGAAGACUUUCACUAAAAGGUUGAUUAACCUUUGUACUUGAUUAAAAACAUCUUACAAACACUUUUUUUUCAAGAGGAAUGAUCUAUUAAAGCUCAGACAACCAAGAGAGAGAUAUUUCCUUAAGUCUUCACGUGAUCAAAAAAGUUAUGAGUCUGUUAGAGAUGCCUUGGUAGAAAAGCUUUUUCUUUAGAGGCUGACUUUCCUUCAAACAUCACUCUUCAGAGGCUGAUCACAUCGGAGUUCUCUUUUUUCCUUCUGAAGCAUUAGAGUUUGGGUCACCAAAGGCUGACUUUCUUCAGAGUUGACUUCUUUAGAAUUUGGAUUUUCAUCAGAGGAAGAGUCUUCAUAUAAGUGAUCUUUAGAGCCAUAGUCGGAUCUUCUAAUUCAUAUUGCUCAAGCAUUUCUUCAUAUGUUCUUAAUGAUAUAAUCCCGCAUACUUGAACAAAUGUUAGAAUACCACAUUAUUCUUUAAAUACUUUGUUAUCAUCAAAACUUAAGAAAUAUGGUAUUAACCAUUCUUGUUCCAACAAUGUUUUUAGGAGAAAUUAAAAUCAUUGUAAUAUACCUUUAAUUUGGUUUUAGUUACAAAUGUAACUUUAUUUUAUUAGUAUAUAAUUAUAUGCAUAUGUAUGAAAAGUAUAUGAGAAAUUUUUUGAAUAUGUUUUUCAUUCUCA